CGGCCAGCAAUCGACCAAAUUGUCGCACGACUCUACAUUCUGGAAUUAUACAUGGAACGGAGCAGUCACGUCAACAAGUUAGUUAUCUUGUAGAGAGUUAAUAUUGCGCAUUUGCAUCUUCUAUUAGAUAGUUCUGUAUUGAUAUACAUGUAAAACGUCUAUUAACAUGAAGCUUUGUGUAGCAGCAUUUUUGCUGUUGAUAAUAAUAAUAUGUGUCGAAGCAAAGAAAAUUUCUGGAAGUCGCAGUUCUUCCGGAUCCAGUCGAGGUUCCAGUAGAAAGACGAGUUACAAACCACAACCAGCACCGACACCGUUUGGAUAUCCACAACCUUCGGCACCCAAACCCACAUUAUUUGGAUGGCAAGAGUCUGCGAAAAAGACUCAAACAUUAUCGUCAUGGCAACAAAAACCAUCUUCUGGGCAAAAACAUUCAUACCCUUCGAGUCAAACUGGAUUAUCUGGCAGUAAUCAACCAAGGCAGCCUCCAAAAUAUCAAGAUAGUGUUCAGAAAAAUAGUGCUCCACAAAACUCGCCUUCGCAACCAUCACAAACACUAAAUAACCGCCAACCAAGUCAUUCGUAUCCGCCAACAAACGGUCUUUCCGGAAAUCCAGGUAACGGUUACCCUUCUCAAAGCGUGUCUGGACAAGUGCAAAGUCAACGACAUAAUUAUCCACAACCGCAAGGAAAUGGAUAUCCCCAACCACACGGAGGUACUUAUCCCCAACAAGGAUCUGGUCUCUCUGGUGCUGGAGGACCACCUCCUCCAUAUUCAGGUAAUAAUCCGGCUUAUAAUGGAGGAUCAUAUCAAGCCAAUAAUUAUGGGAAUCAAUAUCAUCAUCCACAAGGCCCUCCACCACCGUAUAAUAUUGGAACUAACAAUGGAGGCUUUGGAGGACACGGAGGCUUUGGUGGACACGGAGGAUAUAAUCCAGCAUAUACUCCUCAAAUGCCUGGAUACUUUGGAAAUUAUGGAAACGCAGGCAAAGGAUUUAGUGGUGUAAGUCGUACGGGUAGUGCGCUUACUGGUAUCGGGAUAGCCGGAGCUGGAGUUGGAACUAUUUUGACCGGAUUGGCUCUCUGGAAUUUAGCCCGUAGCACUGGUCAGCAUCACCACACGGUUAUAUAUGACAACAGAGGUCAGCCCGUUGCAGUAGCACCAUCAAACGACACAGCGGCGCCGGCUCUUGAUCCAAUAUUGGCUGACUUAGUAAAUUGCACAUUAACAAUAAGUACGGAUAGUGGAACUGAAGUGCUUGGGAUACCUUGCGCAAUUGCUACAUCUUUUACUCCAGAUGCUGAUGUAAAAAAUCUUGAUAAUAAUGGUGAUAAUAAAGAUAACACUAAAUGUAUUGUAGGAGUUGUAACAAAAAGUGGUAAAGAAUACACGACUACUAUUCCAUGUUCAACUUUGCUGAACACAGCUGCAGAAAAUAAUGUGACUGAACCACCUAUACUAGAUAAUGUGACGGAAACUGCUAAUCUGACAAUGGAAUCGGCGCAAGAUGUUAUAAUCUCUGGGCUACCUACAGCUGUAAAACGUACAGAAUCAGGCAGUGAGGGGAAUAAAAAUAAUAGCAUUAGUUGUGAGUUGCAACCUGAUGGUAUUCCAGAUCCAAUUAAUCCUUGCUAUUCCGUUACUCAUAAUUUGACGGUUAUUCCGUUACCUUCGACCACAACAUCGAAGCUUGAAACGUAAAAGAAACCACAUUGUUA